AAUUCAGAAUAGGAAAUAGACGAGACGGCUUGAAUGUCCUUUAAUUUGUAUUUUGAUGCUGUGGACUUAUUUCAAUAUAAGAUUUUUUUCUAAAUUAUAAAGAAAUUGUUUUUAUAAUACGUUCAAGUAUAUGCAUUGGAAAUUUAAUAGGUUACUAUUCUUGUGCAUACACUUUCUUAUCAAUACAACAAUUUACCUGCUUUUCAACAUCCUUUGAUAAGCAGAAAAACAACAAACCGCAACUGAUAAAGCUGCUACGGCUGCUACAUGAUCUUCGGCGAACAUUGCUAUUCACACAAGCAGCCUUAUUUAAAUAAAUCUGAUAGCUAUCCCGAUAAGAGCGCGUAGUUUGACAAAAAGCGCACUCAGACAAUGCUCAAAAUGGCAAAAGCCGGCUUCCGAAUCGCUCUUCUUCAACUGAAGGUUGGACCCAACAAGGCCGAAAAUGUGGCCAAUGCCGUCAGUCGCAUCCGUUCGGUAGUGAAGGACAACGGAGCACGGGUGGUGGCCCUUCCAGAGUGCUUCAAUUCUCCGUACGGAACGCAACAUUUCGCUGAAUAUGCCGAAGAAGUCCCGGACGGUGAGACCAGUCGCAGUUUGUCGGCUGUGGCCAAAGAGCUUGGAAUAUAUUUGAUUGGGGGUACCAUCCCGGAGCGAAACAAAACCGAGAACAAAAUUUAUAAUACUUGCACCGUGUGGUCACCGGAGGGUAAUUUGAUGGCGACGUACCGGAAAAUUCAUUUGUUCGAUAUUAACAUCCCCGGCGGAAUCACGUUUCGCGAGUCGGACGUCCUCACUGGAGGUAGGGAGUUGGCCAUUGUCCCAAUCGAUGGCGUCAAAAUUGGCAUUGGAAUUUGCUACGACAUUCGGUUCGAUGAGCUGGCCCGUCUCUACCGCAACCAGGGCUGCGACAUGCUGAUCUACCCGGGCGCAUUCAACAUGAAAACCGGCCCACUUCACUGGGAACUGCUCGCGCGAGCCAGAGCCAACGAUACUCAGUCGUACAUCGCAACGAUUUCGCCCGCACGGGAUGCCGGAGCCGGUUAUAUCGCAUGGGGACAUUCGAUGGUUGUGGAUCCGUGGGCAAAAAUAGUCGCAUCGGCGAAGGAGGGCGAAGAAACGGUUCUGGCAGAUUUGGACUUUGAAAAGGUGGAUCAAGUGCGGGCCCAGAUUCCAAUAUUCCAGCAAAGACGAACCGAUUUAUAUAAUACUACGCAGCAGAAAAGUUAACCGAGCGGUGAAAUACGGGAAAUGGUUUCUUCUACUGACCACGUUUCCUAACUAGCUUGAACAUUUACAACCAAGGCAGUGUUGGAGUUUGAGAGAGUUUGAUCAACAAAAAUCUCCCUGUCAUUAUUAGAAUCCUAAUUAGUUUUGUCAUGAAAGAAAUAUGGUAAAUAUAUUCCUGUGGAUGCAUUUUCAAUAA